AUUUAUGGCACAGCUCAUUACCCAAUCACGUGUCAUAAGAGGCGGGCGCGUUGUGGGCCUGGUUUUCAGGUUUGGUUGCUGAGAGUGCCAAUACACCCUGCUGUUUGAGGUGACUUAACUGCCGAUCAGAGGAGACCACACACAACCACACCUCUUGUACAAGCAGACUUCUCUACCGGAUGGUUUUGGACACGAUGUGGAAGCGGAGAACUUUUUACUUUUGGCAUUUUUAAACGGGAUGGAUUUUGAGAACACAUAACUCGGAUAUACGUUUUGUAUUUUUGCUGUUGGGAUUUUUUUUUACCCCCUUAUUUGGAGUUAAUCAAGUUUGAAGUUUGCUUCUGGAAGGGAACUGACUUCAAGAACUAAAAUGGACCAAGCCAGCGGUGGGGAGGAUCCCAACAAGCCCUCCAAAAAGAAGUCCAGUGAGGAUGAGGGUAAAAAUAAAAAGCUGAACAUACACAUAAAAACACUGGCUGAUGAUAUGCGUGAUCGUAUAACAAGUUUUAGGAAAACUGGUGCAAAGAAGGAGAAGCCUUUUAUUCAACACCCGACUGAUCCCUUCUCUACCCAAGCCGAACUCCCUCUGCCGCAGCCUUUCUUUGACGAGAGAUCCAUGAACCUCUCAGAAAAAGAAAUAGUUGACCUCUUUGAGAAGAUGAUGGAGGACAUGAACCUCAAUGAGGAUCGUAAAGCCCCUCUGCGUGGGAAGGAACUGGGCAUCAAACGUGAGAUGGUGGUCCAGUACAUCUCGGCCACUGCCAAAUCUAUAACUGGGAGCAAAGUUGCGGGUGGGCUACGUAACAGCAAGCAUGAGUGCACCCUUUCGUCCCAGGAAUACGUCCAUGAGCUGCGAUCUAACAUCAUGGACGAGAAGCUGUUCAACUGCCUGGAGUCUCUCAGAGUGUCUCUCACCAGUAACCCUGUCAGUUGGGUCAACAACUUUGGCCAUGAAGGUCUCGGCCUUCUUCUGGAAAAUCUGGAGAAGCUUCUGGACAAGAAGCCGCAAGAGAAUAUUGAUAAACGCAUUCAGCUUAAGCUAAUCCAGUGCUUAAAGGCUUUCAUGAACAACAAGUAUGGACUGCAAAGGAUCCUGGGAGACGAGCGGAGCUUGUUGCUGUUGGCAAGAGCAAUCGACCCCAAACAGAUCGUCUUGAUGACGGAGAUUGUCAAAAUUCUCUCAGCUAUCUGUAUUAUUGGCGAAGAAAACAUCCUGGAUAAGAUUCUGGCUGCCAUGACAAUUGCUGCAGAGAGGAACAAUAAAGAGAGAUUUGCUCCAAUUGUGGAAGGACUGGAGAACCACGAUGCCCAGCAGCUCCAGGUCGCCUGCAUGCAGCUGAUCAAUGCCCUGGUCACUUCGCCUGAUGACCUGGACUUCCGGAUACAUCUACGCAACGAGUUCCUCAGAUGCGGCUUAAAGAAGAUCCUUCCUGAGUUAAAAAAAACAGAGGAGCUGGACAUUCAGCUGAAGGUGUUCAAUGAGAACAAAGAUGAAGACGCCAUCGAACUCUCCCAUCGCCUGGACGACAUCCGUGCUGAGAUGGAUGAUAUGAAUGAAGUGUACCAUCUCCUGUCAAAUAUGGUGAAAGACACCGCCUCGGAGACCUACUUUCUGUCAAUCCUUCAGCACCUAUUGCUUAUCAGGAAUGACUAUUACAUCAGACCUCAGUACUACAAGGUGAUCGAGGAAUGUGUGUCUCAGGUGGUUCUGCAUCGCAGUGGGACGGACCCUGACUUUGGUUACAGUAAACGAUUGGAUGUGGACUUCACUCAGCUUAUUGAUCAGUGUGUGGAUAAAGCCAAAGUUGAAGAGAGUGAACAGAAGGCUGUAGAGUACUCCAAAAAGUUUGACGAGGAGUUCAGUGCGCGGCAGGAGGCCCAGGCUGAGUCCCAAAAAAAGGAGGAAAAGAUCAAGGAGCUGGAGUCAAAAAUCCAAACUCUCGAGACCCAGUUAACUGUAGAAAAUGACAGGCUCAAAGAGGCUCAGAGACUCAUCAGGGAAUCUGAAGCCAAGAUUGCUGCAGGCCCAGCUGCGCCUGGAGCACCACCUCCUCCACCGCUACCUGGAGGUGCAGCACCUCCACCUCCUCCUCCUCCUCCACCUCCACCUGGUGGAUGUCCACCCCCUCCGCCUCCUCCUCUGCCUGGCCACGCAUCUAUCCCCCCUCCACCACCACCUCCACCCCCAGGGGGAGGUCCUCCACCACCCCCACCGCCCCCAGGUUGUGGGGUCCCACCUCCUCCUCCGUUUGGGGGCUUGGGUGGUCCUCCUCCUCCUCCUGGGUUACCCGUUGUCAAGCUGCCUUAUGGACUGGAGCCAAAGAAGAUUUACAAGCCUGAAACUGUGAUGAAGAGGGUCAACUGGUCCAAGAUAGUGCCUCAGGAAAUGGCAGAGAAUUGCUUCUGGAUCAAAGUCAAAGAAGAGAAGUUUGAAAACCCUGACCUAUUUGCUCAGCUCUCCCUGUGCUUCUCCUCACAGAGUAAAGUGAAAAAAGAUGUGAGUGAUGAGACUGAUGACCGAGUACCACAGUUCAAGAAGAAGGCAAAGGAACUUCGUAUCUUGGAUGCCAAGACUGCGCAGAACCUCUCAAUUUUCUUGGGCUCGUUCCGCCUGCCUUAUGAAGAGAUCCGGGACAUUGUGCUGGAGGUAGACGAGGAAAGACUGAGUGAAUCACUCAUCCAGAACCUAAUAAAGAACUUGCCUGAGCAGAAAGAACUGAGUGCUCUAGCGGAACUAAAAGGUGAAUACGAGGAGCUUGUGGAGUCAGAGCAGUUCGGCAUUGUGAUGAGUUCAGUGAAGCUGCUGCGACCACGUCUCAAUGGCAUUUUGUUCAAGCUGACUUUCGAGGAGCAGGUGAACAACAUCCGGCCAGACAUCAUGAAUGUGACGUUCGCCUGCGAGGAGGUAAAGAAGAGCGAAGGCUUCCGCAAACUCCUGGAGUUUGUGUUGCUGGUCGGCAAUUACAUGAAUGCUGGCUCAAGGAACGCACAGACGUUUGGUUUCAACAUCAGCUUCCUGUGCAAGCUACGAGACACUAAAUCCAUCAGUCACAACACAACACUUCUCCAUUUCCUGGCUGAGAAGUGCGAAGAGAAUCACCCAGAGAUUUUGAAGUUUCCAGAUGAGCUGGAACAUGUGGAGAGUGCCAGCAAAGUGUCUGCUGAAAUUUUAAAGGGCAGUCUGACCACAAUGGAGAAGCAGAUUGAGCGUCUGGAGAACGAUAUCGAAAACUUCCCCAAAACGGACGACCCCCAAGAUAAGUUUGUGGAAAAGAUGUCCGGCUUCUCCAAACAUUCUCGGGAGCAGUACGAGAAGCUGUCCACCAUGCACAAGAACAUGCAGAAGCUGUACGAGAGCAUCGGCAGCUACUUCGCAUUCGACCCCCACUCAGUCAGCGUGGAGGAUUUCUUCGGAGAGCUGGCCAACUUCCGCUUCCUCUUCAUGGAAGCCAUGAAGGAGAACCACAAGAAGAGGGAGAUGGAGGAGAAGAUCAAGAGAGCCAAGCUGGCGAAGGAGAAAGCUGAGCGAGAGAAGCAGGAGCGUCAGCAGAAGAAGAAGCAGCUGAUUGACAUGAACAAAGAAGGGGAUGAAACUGGCGUGAUGGACAGUCUAAUGGAAGCUCUGCAGUCUGGAGCAGCUUUCCGUGAUCGGCGAAAACGGGCACCACGAAAUGGUGAUCAAAGCCCUUCCAGUCCAGCCUCUCGGUGGCCAGGUGCUAACUAUGGUAACAGAACUCUAGACAACCGCCGUGCAGCCCUCGAAAGGUCUCGCUCACGCCACAACCCAAAUCACCAAGCUCGAUGAUUACCCGCGUCUACUACAAGACCCUAGAUAAGUGCCAAAGAGGCCUGCGAUGAGGAGGAGGAGGAGGAGACGAGGAAGACAUCAGGAGGGAUAGACCACCUCCCUCCCUGUGGCUUACCCAGCACCAAGUAUGGAAAACUGCCUAAAGAAUGGAAUAACAUUUAUAGUCUUUAUUGGACACGCUACAUAUUUAUUGUAUGCUUUUUUUUAUUGCUUAAAGAUUUUGGAACUGAAACAUUUUAAAAGCUGUUAAUUUUCAGGUUUAACCUAUAUUUUAAUCCAAAUGCUUCAAUUAACUCAGUUUUGACAGGAGAAACAUAACAGUAUGCUGCACAGAGACAUAUAUCCAAGAUGGACUUCUGAAAACUGCAUGCUUGUGGAGGAACAUGGACAGCUGUCCUUUAAAUGGAAACUACAAGUCUUAAAGGAAGAGAGGACAGUGUAAUACUAUCGCAUUUAACGUCCUUUCUUCAGACAUAAUCGCGUCUUCGCACUCCAACAAAGCCACAGGAGCUGGCGGCUGUCUGCACCAACACAGAGCACGUGACUCACUGACAUUCAAACUGCAAGACAUUUUAGUUGAUUUAAUUUUGUGUUGUGUAAUCUCACUUUUACCCUUCAGGUGCCGAUUUGAGUCCCGAGGUUAGUUUUGCUGUUACCAUUAGAGGCUGACAUUUUUAAAUGCAUCCAGGUCUCUGUCAGGGACAAACAAGAACACUCAGACCUCUCGUUAGGUCACACAGGGUUUCAACAAAGCACACCUCAGUGUUUAAAAGGUAUUACAUGUUUAUGGCACUUUUUCAAUAAGGCUAAAAAAACAGCUGGAGUAAUGGGGGGGGAAGUUAAGGUUUGAAAAUUGAGCUGUGUGAAAACUGACUGCUCCCUUAGAUAAGAAACUAUAAUCCUGUAAAAUCCACUUCUAAUCUUAUGAGCGCACGAGAACAACACUCUUCACACUGGAAGUUGUUACUGAAAUCAGCCAGUUUCAGUAACUCUGAGAUGUUUUAAGAUGAAGUUACAUCGAAGAAACUUAAAAAAAAAAAAAAAACAUUUUUUUUUUUUUUUUUUGUGUUACAUUUCAAAUAAUAAAUGGAUUGCACUUGUAUAGCACUUCAUCAAGUCUAGAGGCUCAAAUCACUUCACACUACGCUCAGUCAUUCAUCCAUUCACACACAUUGAUGGCGGCACGCUACUGGAUAGUUGCCACAUCUGCCCACAAGCUGAGAGUUGCCAGAGAUCGAAUACAGAUUGUGGGGCGAACUCCUACCACCAUCAUCACCCAUCAUCCACGCCAAAUGAUCGCGACAGAACGGUUAAGGCUCCCACAGACUCGGCUGUACGGUCGACGAGCGUCAUGUGUAACAAUUUCCUUAAUUUCUCAAGUGUUUUUGUUUAGUGAAGGUCUUUAUAUUUCCUCAUUAAUGUAACAUACUAUAUUUCUUAUUUCUUAUAUCUUCAAAUUCUGACUCCAUUUUGUCCCCAAGUUGGCAACCUUAUCAGCUCACCGUCACAUUUAAAACCGUUCGAUGUGCGACAGGAAGUACACCCAAGUUUGUGGGAGCCUUCAUUGUUAAUCUCUAAUCAUAUCAUUUUACAUUUGACUUUUUGCAUUUAUUUUUUUAAUUUUGUAUCAUGUAAGACCAACGAUGUCGUGACCAAACUCAACCCUGAGUAAAUGCUGCCUCUGUGGUCCACAUCACCUUCUUUUGUUUUCACCAAAUACAUCACAGGCCAGUUGAAAUUACAGUAAUAUUCUGGGUAAUUUGUAUUUUCAAAACACAUAAUAUAACCUGACUGUAUUUUUUUUUUUCUAAUUCCUUAAGUAUAGUAUAAAACGUCUUCAUUAAUCGUUUAUUGCAGCGAUUUAACUCUUCUAACAGUGUAUUUAUUUCUGAUAAAAUAAUGGCCACACUCUGGAGAAUUUCCCUUUCUUUAUGUUUUUAUUUUGAAGCACUAGGGAUGUUUCUCAGAAAUAGUUUAAUAUUAAGACAGUUUCUGUCUUAAUUCUUAUUUCUCUCAAACAGAAAUAAGAAUCGGCAGGUUUCCAGAAAUCAAUCAGUGCACGAAUACUGCUGCAGGAUCGGCGACACCAUUUGAGCUUUCCUCUUAUAAAAGACAGUGGGUUCCUUUCUUAGUAAGGACCCAGUUUCAUAUUUCAAUGUAAACUAUUUAUUCAUAUAUUCAUGCUAAGGGCGGCUCUGUCCCCCUCACUUCACUAGACUGUAAGCAGAUGCUACUAAAAACAACCAUUAAAUCCACACGGAGACAGGGCAUGACCAGAAUUACAGACGGAGGGCCACAGCAGGCAGGAUGAUGCUUGUCUUAGUGAGCGAGUCUCCAAAUGCCUUCCAGUUCCUGAGCACUAAUGACAUAAGUGACCCUUUUACCAUGACAGAAGUUACUUCAGCAACAGCAUAAGUUUGCUUUGGGCUUCGUGUGUCUGCGCACCUCAUGCAACCUCAGUAAUUCGAACAGGAACCCAGGGAAAAUGGGAGGCAGUGGUCUCGACUCCUGGGCUGAAUAGAUGGAGGUUUUUCAUUUAAACAAUCUGCCAGUGCUGCUUGUGAUGCGUCUGUUUCACGGAGCCUCCCCUCCCUCUGCCCGCGCGCAUCUAAAAAAUGCAAUUUUACACAUCAUCUCGGCUCGAGGUGCGCCCACAACGCUCCGCGAAGUCUGCAUAUUUAAGAAGACAAUAACUCUGAGCUGAAUAUCAGGUUGGAGCCGUCACAGAGCAAAAGCGUUGAGAAUGAGUUUUCUGGAUAAGGGACUCUGCGGUGGCGGCAGUUUUGAGGACGUGUUGUACACAGCAGUGAUAGAGAUGCGCUGUCAAAAGAAGUGAUUUCCUCUCUGUAAUCGCUUCUCACCCUUUGUUCCUCGCAACACCACACCUGGACAAUUUUAAGCUUCAAAUAAGACCUUUUUUUUUU